AUGUUAUUUCCGCAUUACCUAGCCAACUCUACUGGAACCCUACCCCUUCCCUCCCUCACGGAGAUUUCGGGUUUGCCGAGGGUCUUUGAAGUGGCUGUGGGUCUUUUCAUAACUGGUUUCGUACGUGAGAGCACGCUUCAUUUGUUCUCUGCCCCCGGCGGUAGCACCAAGCAUUGUUUAAAAGAACGGCCAAUUAUAUCUUUCGCUUUGCGGCAUUUUAAAGCCAUAAUGAUGUAA